GUUGACUUCUCAUUGACAACGAUAAUAUAAUAUGUCAUAAUUAGUGUGAUAAUCUCUACUGAAUAGUUUUUUUCAACUAUAUCAAAAUUCAGUGUAUUUUCUAAAUCAUUUGAUAAAGAAUUUCAAAAUGGUUAUGGGACAAUUUGUAACUACCUACAGAAAAGAUUAUUUGUGGCCCUACGUUAAAACAUUAGGACUCAGACCCGAGCCUGAACAUAUUUACAGUCCAGAAUAUAGAAGUCAAACUUGUAAAUGUCACUGUCUCCCUGCUGUUCCUCCCACGAGUCAACAGAGAACUUUAAUUGGUCCUGCCGCUCUUGGAGAUGAAGAAUGGAGUCGUCUUGGACCAAUGGGCCCAUUACUGGAGCCAAAAGUUUUCACAGCAAAAGUAUCAUCUGCUCCCGAAUCCGAAGUCAGCAGAUUCAAUCAACCGAAUGUAUUCAUGGCAAAGUUACAAGAAAAGUAUCCUUUCAUUUACGAAUGUCUAAGAACGGCUCCUCCAGAUGAUCUUAUAGCUAGAAUAAAUAAAGACAGACUUUCUAGCAGUUACCAAGUGGAUUACUGUCAUAAACAGGAAUACCCUAACGCUCCCUACGACGAAUUAAUAAGAGCCGCUGGAGUUGAGGGAUUGGCUCCGUGUCCAGAACCAACAAGACUUCCAGGAGAUAUUUGUAGACCUAUUCAGAAAAUGAAAGUGUACAAAAAAUGUUCUGCUUUCACUAACGAACAAUUCAAAACACGUGGUCCCGGAGGACGUGGAUCUGGAGGACAUGUUAGAGAUGAUUCUAAGCAAAUUCUUGGAGCAUGUAAGGGAGGAACAUUCACAGUAACUCCAGGAUAUACUGAAUAUAUGGACACAGUUUCUAGACUUGGUACCUUGAUAAUAAGAGACGGAUUACAUGAUCCUGUCAGAAGAUCGAAGAAGUAUAUCUACUAAUCAUCCAGAAUGUGCAUUAAGGAGACACAAGUCAUAAAAAUUAUCUAUUCACACAGAGUUAUGUUUAAUUUAUUGAUAGAGUAUACAAGAAUAAAAUUGUGGAUAACUUAAA